AUGAGCUGCGGAGACUAUAAUAUCUACUAUACUCAUUCAAACGAGGCUUCUCAGAGUUUUCCUUCUGGAUGUUCAACUAUUCAGCUCCCAGUACAAGAGCAUUCACAUGAAGCUGAACUGAAUAUGACUGCUGAGUAUGACCUUGAAGUCCGUGUAUCUGAUGCUUGUAGCAGAUGUUAUAGGAGAGGAGGUCUAUGUGAGCUUGACAAGAAAGGAGAAUUUAAUUGUACCGUUACAGAGGAAGCCUUUCAGAAAGUAAAUCCUAAUACAAGUGCUGAUACUUUUCUGUUCCAUGCCAUGAUCCACUCCUCCACAGCAAUGGUUUUAGCUAGGAUUAAGAGUUUGAAAGUGAUUGCUAUAGCCACUUCGUUUGCUGGAAUUGGAGUUUUGAUGUUUAUAAUCAACUGCUUCUGGAGAAAGCUCUCAUCAAUUAAAGAUAUUUGGAAGAAGAAAAAUCUAGCUCAUCAGAAUGUCGAGGCCUUUCUAAGGAAUCGUGGACCUCUUGUUAUUAGAAGAUACAGUUAUUCAGAUGUAAAGACAAUAACCAAGUCCUUUAAUGAUAAAUUAGGCCAAGGGGGCUAUGGUAGUGUUUAUAAGGGGAAGUUACAAGAUGGAUGUUUUGUGGCAGUGAAGGUUUUGAAUAAUUCUAAAGGUAAUGGAGAGGAAUUCAUUAACGAAGUUGCAAGCAUUAGUAGGACCUCCCAUGUUAACAUUGUCACUCUUAAGGGCUUUUGCUUUGAGGGAUCUAAAAGAGCUCUUAUCUAUGAGCUUAUGCCUAAUGGAUCUCUUGAGAAAUUCAUAUAUAAAGGAAAUCCUUCAAGUUCUAAUCAUCAAUUGGGGUGGGAAACAUUAUACAAGAUUGCCAUUGGCAUUGCACGAGGCUUAGAGUACUUGCAUAGAGGGUGCAACACACAAAUUUUGCAUUUUGACAUAAAGCCUCACAACAUUCUUUUGGAUGAAAACUUUUGCCCAAAAAUUUCUGAUUUUGGCCUUGCAAAGAUAUGCCCUAGAGAAAAGAGUAUUAUAUCAAUGGUUGGUGCAAGAGGGACGAUUGGGUAUAUAGCUCCCGAGGUAUUUUGUAGAAAUUUUGGAGGAAUUUCUCACAAGUCAGAUGUCUAUAGUUAUGGAAUGAUGGUUUUAGAAAUGACAGGAAGUCGAAAGAAUAUUGAUGUUACUGUUGAUUUAACUAGUGGGAUAUAUUUUCCACAUUGGAUUUACAAGCAUCUUGAACUAAAUGAAGAAUUAGGACUGCUAGGCCUUUUAAAUGAAGGAGAUGAAGACAAUGCAAGGAAGAUGAUAAUAGUGAGUUUGUGGUGCAUACAAUUUGAUCCAUCAGAUAGACCAUCAAUGAGUAGAGUGGUGGAAAUGUUGGAAGGGAGUCUCGAAUCUUUGCAAAUCCCCCCCAAACCUUACUUGUCUACUCCCUUAAGAUCACCGAUAGGUUCUUCCACUGUAAUGGUGUCAAUGCAAUAUGAUUCUAUGCACUAA